CUGUGACAUACCGGAGAUGAAACUUCUUGUAAGACGAAAAGUUACGGCGGAUCGAACUGUCACAGUUAUCUUGCAUUAAAUCCACAAACGAGACCCUCAAAGAAGGCGACAGACGAAUGUUGUAAUGAUCAGAGCAGCAUCCACCAGUUUUCUAGGAAUUCUGCAAACGCACGAGAGAGAUUCAACCUUCUCGCAUUUGUCAUGUGUCUGAGCACCUCGUGUUCUCAAUCAUAAUCACUACAUUUCGAAUAUUAAUUUCCGUUCGACAACGAGGGACACCAUUUUCGAAUCGAAAUUUAGUCGCGGCGUUCUUCAGCGCCGAAUUGGUCUAGGUAUGAUAUCGUUCUAUCAAAAACAGAAUCGUAAUUAGGCAGUCUGCACUGAACUUUGUGCGAGGUAAGUUGUACUGUAUUGUAUGCGGCGUAGGACAUGGACUCAUCACAUGUAGCUGUUGGCGCAAUAUUAUACAAACUGUGAAUGAAAAGGCACAUCACUGUACUGGUACCCCGAGUUUGAUAACAAGUACUUGACGAGAGAUGGAACGAGACCUCUCAUUUUGACUUUUACUCAUACAGAUUUAGGCUUGGGGAUAGAUAGACUUCUGCGACAUGCUAGAGUACACUCGAUUAAGUUUUGACAAUUAUUCGAUCAAGUAAGAGUAACAUCGUAUCAUACUAUUAUAGUAUAGAUUUUUACACUAGUAGUUUGAGUUACCAUCGAUCUUGCCACUUCUAGGCUUCUGUCAAAGUCCUAAAAAAUGAGACUGAUAUCACUGAAAGUAUGGAAGUACCAGGAAGGGAACUCGGUGCAGGUUGCCGACUUCGAGAACCUGAGCUUCAUAAACUAUUUUCAGAGGGGUGUCGCGCGAGAGCAGCUACAAUUCCAUAGUAGAACGAUAGUAAACCACACGGAACCAGGCAAGCGACAGACAGUGAAGCUCGAAGGCGAUGUAGGUACUUUUUACGGGUAUCGCUUAUUUAUUUUGCAGGUUAUAAGGACAGAAAUUGGGAGUUUUCGCGUUUACUAAUAACAAAGUAAGAAUCACCUUUUAAUUUUUCUCUACAGGAUACUGCCACACUUGGAUCCAUCCAAGCGGACUAGCAUGUACGUGCGUUACUGACAACGAGUAUCCACUGCGAGUGGCCUACACCCUUAUAUCAGAAGCUCUCGGCGCAUUCUUGAAACAGUACCCAAAUGGUGAAGCUAGCAGGCAAAUGGCAGACACAACUAUGCCGUUCCCUGAAGGGCAAGCGAUGUUCGACAAGUUCCAAAAUCCUGACGAAGCAGACAAGAUAACGAAGAUAGAACGGGAGUUGGACGAGGUACUUUUAUGAAAGCAUGUGUGUAGGUAUGUUUUUUCAACUACUGUAAUGAGAAAAAAUAUUAAUAUUAUUUAUCUAGUUUUCAUGACAUGCACAUGGUUUCAUACGCAAGUCGUUAAUGUUCUUAUGCCAAUCCCAAAUACAUUCAUUCUUUCAUGAAGCAUUCAAAUUCUUCAUCAAAUCAAGAUAUAAUUCCUACCGAUUGAUGUCGCUUCUUCUCCUUGAACAUUAGGUAAAAGCGACCGUUAUCAAAAGCAUGGAUGAUAUAUUGAAGAGGGGGGAGAACCUGGAUAGCUUGAUGCAGAAAUCGGGAGAUUUGUCGGCUACCAGUAUACAGUUUUACAAGACCGCGCAGAAGAACAACCAGUGCUGCACUUCACUAUAG